UUGACUGACUGGGGUUUAGUUUGCAGAGAAGAGGGCACACGCUGAUAAGCUAAACACUCACCGGCAAUUUAAGCGAAUGGUGACCUAGCAGAGAUGGCUGGUACAGGAGUGUGUUGUGCCAGUCUGGAGGAACCAAAUGCCCUGAUGAAGAUGGGUCUGAGCAUGGUCCUCAUUGGUCAUGUUAACUUCCUGUUGGCGGCGCUGGUGCACGGCGUGGUGCUCAGACACAUCAACCUCCACAAGCAGGCCCGGGCCAUGGAGUACGCCAUCUCCAAUGUGGUGGCUCUCACCUCUGGCCUCGUGGGAAUUGUUGUUGGUAUUCUGGCUAUCGUCCUCUCUAAAAACAAGAAGAGUAGAGGCCUGACGUGGUCACUUUUCAUAGUUGGUCUGGCUGGAACUCUCAUGGCAGCAGCUUCAGCCAUUGGACUCUCCGUGUCUAUGGUGUGGGCCAUCAUUCACAGCGGGCGGAGCCUUCUGACUCACUGCCGCUUCCCCGAUGCCAUUGGCUACUCCAGCAUCACCAACGAGUGUCCUUUUGACCCCACGCGCAUCUAUAGUACCACUCUGAUCCUUUGGGUGCCUCUGAUCGUGACUUGUGUCGUCCAGAUGGUGUUUUCCGCCCGGUGCUUUGCUGUCUGUGUUUCAUUCUUGGGUCUGCCUUGUUGCCAUAACAGGAAGAAAACCAAAGACUAUGGCAGAGCGAUCAACGUGGUAAGGCCAAUGCAGGAAGCCCCUCGCUCUCACUAUACUGAUCCUCCACGAAGCUACAAUGAACCUCCAACACGCUAUAGUGAACCUCCAAAAAGCAACCUUGAACCUCCAGCACGCUAUAGUGAACCUCCACCAAACUACCGCGAACCUCCAAGACGGAAUACUGAACCUCCAAGACAGCAGCGCAAGCCUCCUCCCCCUCCACAGCAUCUUCCCCCUCAGCAUCGGAGUCUUCCUCCCUCGGAGAGACGGCCUCUUCGCCAGCCGCAAAGAGAAAGGUCAGACAGAGGAAGGCAAGAAACAAGGGUUGGCAGCCAGCAAAGGGCACCGGAGCAACACCAACUGCUGGAGAGGGGUACGCUGGAAAGGUCCAGCUUCUGGAUUUAGCCAUAUUUGUCAUCUUCUUGAAGAUGAAGUGCUGUGUGGGUAUUGACUGUAGUUCUAGCUACAAUACUUGGAUUUCAACAUCAUACCUCCUGUCAAUACUUCAAAACAGUGAAUUCAGAGCUGGAGAUGAUUUAUUUAGCAGUGCAGUGGAACCCAACGUUGUCCAGGAUCCCAGUUAUGUGAGCCUGUCUGUUCUUUUAUGUUUGUACUUCUGAGUUAUUCAUAUCAGGAUAGACAGAAGAGGCAAAUCCCUCAAAGUGAGUACACGGUGCCAAUGUCUUGCUUGUACUAGGAUUUAGUCAAUUGAGAGUUAAAAGAAUAGUUUGACAGUUUGUGAAAUGCACUUAGUAGCUUUCUUGCAAAGAGUUAGAUGAGAAGAUUGAUACCACGCUCAUUUCUUUGUGUUUAGUACGGAGCUGAAACUAAAGCUCGCUACAUGUUAUAUCUUGUGUAUUUAACAUAAAAACAAGUUGUGGUUUUACUGGGGGUUAUGUGCGAGCUAGACUGUUUCUUGGCUGGGAGCAGUGAGUCUUGUUUUCAUUUUUACACUUCAGUUGUUUUUUUUUAC